CUCUGUUGUGCCGGGCUGACAGAUGAGACCGCUGAUCCCCGCUGCUCACUGCUGGAGAGGAAGAGGAUGAGACCGUCCUGUAGCACAGACUCCUGAUCACACUGAAGCCUCCAGAAUCUUCUCUGGACCCUGGGACACCAUAAUCAGAAUCUUGCACAAAGAAUUUCAACAUGAUGUCAAAAAGAUGCUUCAUUCUAUUUCUGCUUCUAGCUUUAAUGUUUCCUGUGGUUGCAGCUAAUAGGCUGCUAAAAAGAAAGCCUCAGGACCAUCAAAAGCUUUGUGUGUGUGCUAGUGACAUCAUCAGCUGCUCUAAUGGGAGUCUAACCAACGCCACCUUCGACCUUCCUCAGCAUACAGUAGUUCUGGACCUCGGCUUCAACUCCAUCACUCAACUCCGUGCUACAUGGACGUCGACUGAUCUCAACCAGCUGCAGACGUUACUGCUGAACAACAACAACCUCACCUUCCUCUCCUCUGAGGCCUUUGUGCACACGACAAGGCUACGUCACCUGGACCUCUCCAGCAAUCGCCUGACCCUCUUGGACGAGAUCGUCUUUGAGCCGCUGGAAAACCUCGAGAUACUUCUGCUGUUCAACAACUGCAUAUCUCAAAUCGACCGCGCUGCCUUCCACAGCAUGGUCGCUCUGCAGAAGCUCUACUUGAGCCACAAUCACAUCUCACGCUUCCCUCUGGAGGUGCUGAAGGAACGGAGCAAGGAGGACUCUCCUUUCAAACUGCUGGAUGUCUCCUUUAAUAGGAUCAAAGUUCUUCCGGUGAAGGAGCUUCAGGCCAUGCGCGCCUGGCUCAAGAACGGUGUCUACUUCAACAACAACACUCUGACAUGCAGCUGUGAGCUGCAUGACCUGGUGGCCCACUGGCACCUCAGGGAGCUAAGCUCUGUGUCUGACUUUGCAGACAGCCACACGUGUAACAUGCCAGGUAAACGGAAUGAAAAAAUCCUGAAGCUGAACUGCAGUGAAGUCAAGAUUCUGAAGAAAGAAGGCUACUUGGAGGAGACCAUGGUUCUCGACUGCGACACCAGACAAAAGUACAUGGCGAAGAGAUGGGUGCUGCCUGGAAACAUAUCAGCAAACAACACCACCGUCUUGAACGGUAAUUUCCUCAACAUCGGGCCGCUGAAGGUGGAAGACUCUGGGGUUUACACCUGCUACGCCACCAACGAUUCCCUCAGUGACACACUCCACAUUACUGUGGUGGUGUUUAACUCCACUAAGAGGGGCGGGUGGGAAGAUCUAAAAACAGCGUACACCACCCUGGGAGCAUGUGUGGUCAGUAUAGUUUUGAUCCUGGUCUACCUCUACGUCACGCCCCACUGCUGCAGUUUUUGCUCAGGUGGGAACACGGAGCAGGACGGCACCGGAGAGAGCCUUCACUCCUCCACUGUGAGCCUCCCUCUGGCCCACGAAGAGCGGGGAGCGGAGGCCGCAGGAUUCGCCUUCAGGCACGGGGACAUGCAGGAAAGCAAGAACGGAAGACUGAAUCCAAUAGGCGAGGACGACUAGCAGACAACGAGGAACAGAGACAGAGAGACCUGAGGCGGCAUCUGCCAGCUCCGAUGUUCCUGUGGUGGGAAAAACAAUAUCAAAGCAUUGCAGAAACACCAAAGAAGUAUUUCUGGUCCAGUUUAUUGAGAAAAUAUCUUAGAACACUUGAAACAAGGCCAAACUAACGCAAAAGUAACUUUUCAGCAAGACAUAGGAGCCUGAUUUAAGUCAAUACUUGCUCAAUAUUGAUGUUAAUAUUGAUGAAAAAGUACUAGUUAUAAGUGAAAUUACCUGCCAGUGGAAGAAAAAAUUUUUUCCACAUUUAAAAUUGGGAAAUGUCUUGUUCCACUGUCUUGUACAACUGCGGCUAACAAUUAUUUUAGCAAUCAAUUAUAAUCGAUUAUCUUGAUUACAUUAGAUUAGAUUUUCUCUCGGUAUUUUUGUAGGUGUUUUAGUUUGAGAAAUGGUUUAUUUCGCAAAAAUUGCAAUGAAAACACGUUUUUCCCACGUCGCACGAGUCAUGUGAUCAGCAUUAUUAUGAUCAUGACAGAUUAAUUAAUCGAUUAAUUCGACUAAAAAAACUAGCCCAGUCUGCUGAUUUUCAUUUAAUACUUUUUAUACAAUAUUACACUUUAAAAGACAUAAUAAAUUAAAUAAUUUGAUUCAUUUUAAAUAAAUUGCUAAAGCUAUCCAACCUGAGGAGUUCUAAGUAGUUUUAUUUAUUAUUAUAUUAUUGUUAUUAUCUUAAAUGCAAAAUGUAUAUAUUUUUGCAAAGUUUUAGCUUUAUUACUGCUCUGACUGAGUUAUUCAACAUAGACCAGCAAAAUGGCCUAUGUUGAGUCUGUAUGCUCCAGUUAAUGAUUAAUUAGUUGAUAAUUAUUUUUUGAUCAUCAACUACUCACAAUGAAUCCAAUUAAUUAUUUCAGUUCUACUGUCUUGUUACACUUACCUGAUUAUUUCACUUAACUAGUAAUUAUUUACUUUAAACAAGCUCCUGCACCUUGUUGAAAAGUUAUUUAUUAGUUAGUUUUGUCUUAUUCCAAGUGCUAACAUGUUUGUACCAGAAACUAGACCAUAUGCUAAUGGGUCAGAGCAGAGAAAUGUCAAGAAAAAACCAGGAUGUGUGAGGCGGAACAAAGGCAUCAUCACUUUGAAAUACCAGGACUUUUGGCUUCAGUCAGAAAACUUCAAUUUAGUUUUCAAUGAUUCUUUCAGAAAGACAAUAAUCCUAAAACAUGUGACCAGAUCAACAAGGUAACCACUCACCAGACACAGAAUCCAGACCUGAAACCUUCAGAGUGAAGUCUGGCAAAGCAGAUUUUAUUUUAACGUUAUUUACACAUAUUUGCCAAGAAGUGUGGACGACACUGUAUGCAGCUUUAAUAAAAAUCCUUUAUAAAUGCCUGAAAUCUCUCAUAAAACAAGUAUACUUGCUGUGCACUUAAGAACAUGAGCAUCUGAGUUAUUGUUUGCACUUGUAAUGGAAGUACUUGAAAUGCUUUUAGGACCACAAAUACUGAGAAACACAAGCCACUGACAAACCGCAUGAGAACAAAUGGCAUCCAAUGGCAGCAAAGAAAAGAGAGAUCUCAUCCUGUGUGGCUCUCAGUGCUGAAACCGAGAUGCUCAUAUUAUGCAAAACAGGCAAAGCUUUUGAGAUCAUUAUCAACAUUAGCAGUUCAUAUUUGAUGCAUUAUGUUGCAUUCCUGCUGUUUUGUUUUAUUCUUCACAAUGUAUGGUGUUUCUUAGGCAAUGUAAUUAAUUGCCUAAGAAACAAUUGUGAUCAAAGUUUAAAUACUAAUGUGUCUUUUUCCACUAACAGAGGCCUUUGCUUUUGUGAAGCACACAUUUAACAUAUUUUUAAAGUUUCAGUGAACUAACCUGUGCAACAGAAGCAUUACCAUCACCACUGUGCUUAUUUUAUGUUUUAUUAAAG